GGUGCGUAUUACGUAAGGUGGCGAUUUGAUUUCAAACUACCAACAGAACUGGUACUUUGCUAUCAGUCUCUUAGAUGGAUGGACAUGGAUGGGGAGCAACAAUUCAGCCUUCAUCAAGGCGUUAAACGCCUAACAAUGUCAGCUCGAGACAUCUCACAGGACCGACUCGUUGCGAUAUUUCAGGUGGUGCCAGACACUUUGUACCUAGAGGAUGACAUCACAGGGGAGACCUUUUUCCCGGACCAGAGAGGGCACUUUGGAACAGUUCGCAUGAGAGAUAGGGGCUCAUUUGCUGUGUUGGGGACAUUUAAAGAACAUGUUUUGGCAAGUUCCUCAUCUACUACACCAUCUUCUAGUUCGACGCCCACACAGCCCUGUCGCCCAUGGAUGAGCAGUGUCACGCACCCAACCAAACCUCAAAACCCAACUCCAAGAGCCAAGUCUGUCCGAAGACCAAUAUAUGUCUCAGAAGUGGACGAUUUUGGGAAAGUGUCAGAAUGCACUACCAUCCAUGUAACAAUCUCUGAGGGAGAAGGUGUGCAGGUGGUGGGGCAGACUGUACAAGCGUUCCUCAAUUCUGACGACAGUUACACCAUGUGUGAUAACAAAGGCGUCGCCUUGCCAGACACACCUGAGACAAGAGGCCUUGAGUUUUGGAAAAUGGCUACCAGGAAAUUCUAUGCUAUUCGAACAGAAGACCUGGCCAAAACCAAGUCUGGAAGGCUUGACACUACCAUCAAACGGAAGAGGGUCGAUCCAGGAGACAAUGAAGUGCUGGAGAGCCUGCAAGGUGUAGAACUGGAAAUAAAGAAGUCCUCUGCCCGAGUGUUUGAAGAAGUUGAUGGAAAAUUUGAGGAGCUAUCCAUUUCUCUUGGUAGCAUCAAUGCUAGUUUAUUGCAGGUCAUGGAACAAUGUGAAAUAUUAGGUGAAGUUAAGGAAACGGUGUGUGAGCUGUCUCAAUCUAGUGUUAUUAACACUUGCCUCCGACAGGCAGUAGCAUGUAAAAUCUGCACAAACACACCCACUACUUUGCUUGCCAUCACAGCAUGCUGUGGGCAGGUGGCAGGCUGUGCCCCAUGCGUGCAGACAUAUCUACAUGAAAAUGACACUUGUAUCCUGUGUCAGAUGCCCAUGUUUGCCAGUAAACUGGUAUUUGUGAGAUUUUUGGGUGAUGUUUUGGCACUACUGAAGUGAACUCCUCACAGUUGUUAAUGUGCACAAAUCGGUGUACCUUGUUAGUGAUGGCUAAAUCUUGUUCAGCAGAGAUGUCAUGUAAUUUAUUUGAGUAAUGGUAUGUUUGUGUUACUAUUGACCUUUGGUAUGGUUUGUUUGUGCUACUACAGACCUUUUUUUUGUUCAACCAUGUGUCUGAGAGCUUCUCUCUUAGUCAUAAUGUACAGGUAUCCCAUGUUCUUUUCCCCCUGUAUGGACAGUACCUGUAUGUACCUUUUUGUAAUGGCUACUAAAGUUUCUCAGAAGUAA